CUGUCAGACCAGGAUGCAAGAGCACGACUUCUACUAGCCGCUAAGGGCUUGGCUGAUGCUACAGGAAGAAUGGUAGAAGCAGCCAAGGGUGCUGCUCGAGAUCCAAACAACGCAGAAGCUCAAGAAGCUCUUCGUAAAGCAGCAGAAGACCUUCGCAAUGCAACGAACGCUGCAGCAAACGACGCACUGAAGAAGAAACUCAUUAAGAAACUCGAAGUUGCAGCCAAGCAGACGGCAGCGUCUGCCACCCAGUGCAUUGCUGCAGCACAAGGAGCCACGCCCACAAACAGAAAUCAGUCGAGUCAACAGCAAUUGCUCACCAAUUGUAAGACGGUCGCAGAUCAUAUUGGGAAACUUGUGCAGGCUGUACGGCUCAGCAUGGCAUCACCAGAGAGUGCCAGCUCUCAACUUGGUCUCAUCAAUGCGAGUCAGGCAAUGAUCCAGCCGUGUGGUAAGAUGAUUGCUGCUGCAAAGGCGGCCGUUCCAACUAUUGGAGAUCAGGCGGCUGCUAUCCAGCUAGCUAACUUUGCUAAGCAGACAGCAUCAUCUCUUGCGGAGCUGAGAGCGGCUGCUUCGAAGGCUGCUGAAGCAUGUGGCUCUCUGGAGAUUGACAGUGCGAUCGACGUUGUCAAGCAGAUCGCGCAAGAACUGGCAGAAGUACAGAAGGCAGCAUCAGCUAAGAAGCUGCUUCCUCUUCCAGGAGAAACAGCCGAGACGUGUGCACUCGAACUUGGCGCAACAUCGAAAACAGUCGGAGCCUCAAUGGCCCAACUACUAACCGCCGCCGCACAAGGCAACGAGAACUACACAAGAGUGGCAGCAAGAGACACAGCAAACGCCCUCAAAGUGCUCGCUGGUUCCGUCCGGGGCGUCACCGCUUGCACUCCCGAUCGAGCGGCUCAGGAUCAGAUCAUUACUGCCGCUCGUUCGGUGAUGGAACAUUCUGGGAAUUUGAUUCGUGAGGCUAAGCAUGCUGUUGCUCGUCCGACGAACGCCGACAAUCAGCCGAGACUCGCACAGGCUGCGAAGGUCGUCUCAAUGGCGUUGAAUCAGGUGAUCAACUGUUUGCCGGGUGCAAGGGAUGUGGAUGCGGCGAUUAAGGAGAUUGCUGCUGCGAGUCAGGCUUUGGUUUGUCUGUUUGUCUGUCUGUCUGUCUGUUUAUUUGGCUAUUUGUCUAUGUCUGUAUUUGUGUAUGUGUGUAUGUUUGAUUGUUUGUCUGUUGGCCUUUGUUGUUAUAUCUUGUUGAUCUCCUUCCUUUCUUUCCUAGGCAACUUCCCUUCAGCUGGUUCUCAGUCAUACCAAGAAAUACAGAACAGUCUGAGUGUUGCUGCCGCAUCACUCAACGUAACAGCCAGUGAACUAAUGGUUUCAUCCCGUGGCACUCACAUGCAGCUGGCAUCGUCGUCCCAGAAACUCAGCGAGAAAUUCAAAGACGUUCUACAAGCAGGAAUGAUGCUCGCUGGAGCGUCACCGGACAAGGCAUCACGUGACGAAGUCGUCGGUUAUCUUCGUUCUGUCUCCAUGGCAUCAAGCAAACUUCUCAUGUCAGCCAAGGCUCUCUCUGCCGACCCAAAUGCUCCCAACGUGAAGAACCAACUUGCUGCUGCUGCUCGUGGAGUGACUGAUGCCAUCAAUGCAUUGAUUAAUGUGUGUACAGCGACUGCUCCUGGUCAGAAGGAGUGUGAUAGUGCAUUGAGGAAGAUCGAAGCCGUGAAGGCGAUGUUGGAGAGUCCAAAUGAGGCGGUUAACGAUGCGACGUUCUUUGAAUGCUUGGAGGCUGUUAUGGAUAAGUCAAAGGUUCUUGGUGAGGCUAUGGGUGACAUCACUCGGCAAGCGAAAGCUGAGAAACACGAUCUAUUUGGAGAAGCUGUCGGAACAGCUGCGAAUGCAGUGUGUGCUCUGACUGAGAGUGCCGCCCAAGCGGCUUUCCUUGUUGGUGUGUCCGACCCGUCUAGUACAGCUCCUGUAGUAGGUCUGCUCGACCAGAGUCAGUUUGCUAGGGCACAACAAGCAAUUCAACAGGCUUGUGAGAACUUGCUCAGUCCUGGCAGUUCACAGCAGCAAGUACUUCGAGCUGCAACUGUCAUUGCGAAGCACACAUCCGCACUCUGCUCAGCCACCAAGAACGCAUCAGCAAAGACAAAAAAUCCUGUAGCAAAACGCAAGUUCGUUCAAUGUGCAAAAGACGUCGCCAACUCAACAGCCAACUUGGUUAAGAACAUUAAAGCUCUCGCCGGAUCUCUCAACGAUCGCAACAGACAAGAAUGUGCCUCCAACACAAAGCCCCUCCUUGAGGCAGUCGACGAUCUCGUCAAGUUUGCAUCAGCUCCGGAAUUUGUAUCGACAAGAGCAGAGAUCAGUCCCGAGGCUCGUGUGUCUCAAGCACCGAUUAUCUCAGCCGGCCAGCAGAUGGUCAACUCCAGCUCAUGUCUCAUCUCAGCAGCAAAGAGUCUCGCUGUGAAUCCAAAGGAUGCUCCAACGUGGCAAUUGCUGGCAAGUCAGAGUAAGGCUGUGUCUGAUGCGAUUAAGAAACUGAUGCAGGCGAUCAAGGAUAAGUCGCCGGGGCAACGAGAGUGCGAUAAGGCAAUUGAUACGAUUAAUCGUGCGAUCAAUGAGGUUGAUCAGGCGUCACUGGCAGCGAUCAGUCAGAAGUUGCCGGGGAGAGCGGAGUCGACGUUAGGUGGAUUUCAGGAACAGAUGGCGAAUAGUGUUAGUGAGAUCAGCGAUCGUAUUGAUUCUGUGGCGACUGCUGCUAAGGGAGAGCCAGAAAAACUUGGUCACGCUGUUGCAUCUCUUGCCACAUUUUUCCCGCCUCUUGCUUCAUCGGCUGUUGGAGCAGCUUCUAAGACAGUAAACAGCGAUCAGCAAAUGAACUUAUUGGAUCAAACAAAGACACUAGCCGAAUCCGGCUUGCAGCUAAUGUAUGCGGCUAAAGAGAGUGGUGGCAAUCCAUUGGCAACUGAGACGCAUGCCAAUAUCAAUGAAGCUGUUGGUAACAUGAGAGAAGCUGUGAGUGACUUGGUGACAACACUAGAGACAGCAAGAACAGAGAGCGGUGUCGUUUCAGGACUGGUUCAGGUCAUCGGAAAGAAUAUAUCUAAGGCACGACAUUUUGACGUUGACAUGUUUGCUUGCCGGUUUUGUUUGCCUGUCUCUCUGCUCACUUUGUUUGUAUAUGCGUCUGUCCACUUGUUUGUUUGUAUAUGUGACUGUCCACUUGUUUGUAUCGAUGAGCCCAUUGUUAGUGAAGUUGAUCGAACGUUUGUUGAGUAUCAAGAGAGUAUGAUGAAGUCGGCGAAGGUGGUUGCACAUAAGGCACAGGAUAUUGUUGGCAAAGGUGGCACUGCACCAAACGAACUCGGCAAUUUGGCGCGAGAGGUUACGACUGCGUACAGCGAACUGGCAACUAAUUGUCGAGGAGCUUUGGCUACGGCAGAUGAUGAUGAUAUUGCUCGACGAUUAAAAUCAGCCGUGCAGCAGCUGGGAGACUCGCUCACCGAUCUCGUUCAGUCCGCCGGCAACGUACAGAACAAUCCAACCGACGGAUCAGCCAAACGAGAGCUAUCAGACAGUGCCAGACAGGUUGCCAGCAAGGUGACUUUCGUUCUGUCUGCUCUACAAGCUGGAGCUCAAGGCACGCAGGCAUGCAUCAAUGCUGUGUCAGCCAUUGAGGGCAUAAUUGGUGAUCUCGAGACAACGAUAAUGUUUGCCACUGCAAGCACUCUGAAUCCUGAUCGUGAAGGCGAUUCAUUUGCUGACCAUCGUGAGGACAUCCUUCGUACAGCCAAGACUCUUGUUGAAGACACGAAGAAACUCGUGAGCGGAGCUGCUUCUUCACAAGAGGAACUAGCAAAAGCAGCAGCAGACAGUGUCUCCACUAUUAGUCCUUUGUCUGAACACGUGAAACUGGGAGCUACAGCACUCACAUCUGAUGAUCCUGAAGCACAAGUGAUGCUGCUGAAUGGAGUGAAAGAUGUUGCAACGGCACUGGCUGGUUUGGUAACAGCUACUAAGAACGCGUCUGGCAAGAGUGUUCAAGAUCCUGCAAUGGAGAAUCUUCGUGGGUGUGCCAAGGUUAUGGUGGCUAAUGUGUCAUCACUGUUGAAGACUGUCAAGAGUGUUGAGGAUGAGGCAGCGAGAGGAGCUCGUGCACUCGAAUCAUCUAUUGAUGCUAUCAAUGUUCAGCUAACGGGUGCUGCUCGAGAUCCAAACAACACAGAAGCUCAAGAAGCUCUUCGUAAAGCAGCAGCAGACCUUCGCAAUGCAACGAACGCUGCAGCAAACGACGCACUGAAGAAGAAACUCAUUAAGAAACUUGAAGUUGCAGCCAAGCAGACGGCAGCGUCUGCCACCCAGUGCAUUGCUGCAGCAGAAGGAGCCACGCCCACAAACAGAAAUCAGUCGAGUCAACAGCAAUUGCUCACCAAUUGUAAGACGGUCGCAGAUCAUAUUGGGAAACUUGUGCAGGCUGUACGGCUCAGCAUGGCAUCACCAGAGAGUGCCAGCUCUCAACUUGGUCUCAUCAAUGCGAGUCAGGCAAUGAUCCAGCCGUGUGGUAAGAUGAUUGCUGCUGCAAAGGCGGCCGUUCCAACUAUUGGAGAUCAGGCGGCUGCUAUCCAGCUGGCUAACUUUGCUAAGCAGACAGCAUCAUCUCUUGCGGAGCUGAGAGCGGCUGCUUCGAAGGCUGCUGAAGCAUGUGGCUCUCUGGAGAUUGACAGUGCGAUCGACGUUGUCAAGCAGAUCGCGCAAGAACUGGCAGAAGUACAGAAGGCAGCAUCAGCUAAGAAGCUGCUUCCUCUUCCAGGAGAAACAGCCGAGACGUGUGCACUCGAACUUGGCGCAACAUCAAAAACAGUCGGAGCCUCAAUGGCCCAACUACUAACCGCCGCCGCACAAGGCAACGAGAACUACACAGGAGUGGCAGCAAGAGACACAGCAAACGCUCUCAAAGUGCUCGCUGGUUCCGUCCGGGGCGUCACCGCUUGCACUCCCGAUCGAGCGGCUCAGGAUCAGAUCAUUACUGCCGCUCGUUCGGUGAUGGAACAUUCUGGGAAUUUGAUUCGUGAGGCUAAGCAUGCUGUUGCUCGUCCGACGAACGCCGACAAUCAGCCGAGACUCGCACAGGCUGCGAAGGCCGUCUCGAUGGCGUUGAAUCAGGUGAUCAACUGUUUGCCGGGUGCAAGGGAUGUGGAUGCGGCGAUUAAGGAGAUUGCUGCUGCGAGUCAGGCUUUGGCUACGGGCAACUUCCCUUCAGCUGGUUCUCAGUCAUACCAAGAAAUACAGAACAAUCUGAGUGUUGCUGCCGCAUCACUCAACGUAACAGCCAGUGAACUAAUGGUUUCAUCCCGUGGCACUCACAUGCAGCUGGCAUCGUCGUCCCAGAAACUCAGCGAGAAAUUCAAAGACGUUCUACAAGCAGGAAUGAUGCUCGCUGGAGCGUCACCGGACAAGGCAUCACGUGACGAAGUCGUCGGUUAUCUUCGUUCCGUCUCCAUGGCAUCAAGCGAACUUCUCAUGUCAGCCAAGGCUGUCUCUGCCGACCCAAAUGCUCCCAACGUGAAGGUACUCAUCACUGGGCUCUCAGUUGGUUUCAUAUUAUUGAUAUCAAUGAUUGGUGAAGGCGAUUCAUUUGCUGACCAUCGUGAGGACAUCCUUCGUACAGCCAAGACUCUUGUUGAAGACACGAAGAAACUCGUGAGCGGAGCUGCUUCUUCACAAGAGGAACUAGCAAAAGCAGCAGCAGACAGUGUCUCCACUAUUAGUCCUUUGUCUGAACACGUGAAACUGGGAGCUACAGCACUCACAUCUGAUGAUCCUGAGGCACAGGUGAUGCUGCUGAAUGGAGUGAAAGAUGUUGCAACGGCACUGGCUGGUUUGGUAACAGCCACUAAGAACGCGUCUGGCAAGAGUGUUCAAGAUCCUGCAAUGGAGAAUCUUCGUGGGUGUGCCAAGGUUAUGGUGGCUAAUGUGUCGUCACUGUUCAAGACUGUAAAGAGUGUUGAGGAUGAGGCAGCGAGAGGAGCUCGUGCAUUCGAAUCAUCUAUUGAUGCUACAGAUAUGGGCAUAAUUAUGGAGCCACCCUGAGCAUGUGACCCAGAUUAAGAAGUUAUUAGACUUUCUCAGACAGUCCAAGUAGAUGCAUCUACAGUGACAGCUGCACUUUGUAGUAAAUUAAAACAAGUCAUAAUGGUGAGGUAAUGGCUCUAAUUGUGCCAUCCACAUGUCUGAGAUUGCAGGAGAUGUGUGACCUGUUGAGACACAUGACUGCUUCUUGCUGCCAGUUCAAUCAGUAAAUUUGAAAGUUAAUAAUCAAAAUCAUUUUCAAAAAGCUUCUAAACAAUAAAAUGACUUUGUUUAUUUUAGAAGACAUACUCAAAGAUUAAAUAGAGGCUAUACGUUUCAGUUUACU